AUGACAGUUGGACUAAAACGUCUGAUGGUGGUGUUGAUCUGGUCUGUGUUGGUUCUGCUCCUUGUUCUUGGUUACGUCACAGUGACGGACGUGGUUAACCCCUCCCAGCUGAUGCAGUGGGAAGGCAAACAUAUACAAAGGAAAGGGUUACUGGUGCUGGCUGACCAGAGCUCAGCAGCCCAACGUCGGCUUCUCAAUCAACUACUCACUCCUCAAUAUCUCAGACGAGUCCGAAUGUAUCAGGACGUUCAGAAAUAUUUGGAAAAUGCCCGUUACAACAGGACUCUGUGGAAGGAACUUGAUCUCAGGAUGCAGUUCAGUCAGAUGUAGUCUCCAGAUUCAUGGUCACUGUGAGAAAUAUUGAUGAGGGUACUUUCGUCAUUGAUGUGGUUCGACACAAUUGACACAACUAAUCUGGAGAUAUUAUAAAUGAAAUGUUAAACUGAUGCUUAUGUCAACACUGUCAGUAAUGAUCUUUUCAAAAUGUCAACACUGUCAAAUGAGCUUGUAUUUCAAAAGUGGCUAGUCGUUCAAUUUACCAUUUGCGAGGACAUUUAUCUGUAACAAUUCAUAUCUACAAUGUAUGUAUACAUUUAUCUGGUUUAGCGAUACCAUACCUGAAAUAUGAUUGGUCAAUUUUCAGCUGCAUCCAUAGUGAA